UCACUGCGGUUUCAAUCACGGAAUCAACAUGAACGAGGCUGUCAAUUUUGCACUCCCCGAUUGGUUGCCCGAUGGUAAGGAGAGCGUGCGACGAUAUCGGGAGCACAAUAAAGCACCUGUGUUCUCGCACAACGAACUGCUUAUUACCAUUACCUUGUUUUCGGAGACGAUCAGAACCGCCCUUUGGUUGAAAGACGCCCUCAUCGAAAUGGUCGACGAGGAAACAGCACGUCGGGGGGCUCUACGUACCAAGUACCCUAAACUAGUGGAAUACCUAAUCGAGGAGGAUUGUCCAGAGGAGCAGUAUCAAUGCGCCAUUUGCAAGGCGUUUUGUUACCUUGCCCAAGUUACAUGUUCGUGUACCAGUCAGGUCUCAUGCCUAUCCCAUGCCGAUCAGCUCUGCACUUGUAGAAAGCCUCGUAAGGUUCUAAGAAUGAGAUAUUCAGAAGCCCAACUAGAGGAUAUCCGUGAUGUUGUGGUACAUCGAGCAGCUCUCCCCGAGCAAUGGCGCGUCAGAUUCCUCUCAUUGAUGGAAAGCCCUAGACCACAGUUGAAAUCUAUGCGAGCUCUUGUGUCGGAGGGGGAGAGGAUUGCGCACCCCAUACCCGAACUUGGACCAUUGAAGCGCUUUGUGGAUGUCGCCACGUCACUAAUUCAGCAGAUUAUGGCCAUAACGGCAAGAAAGAGCGCCGGAAGGCGAAAAAAGGCAAGCAGAGUGGAUAGUGACCGCAAGGGCAAAAGAACUAGGGCCGACCGGGACGAUGGAGAAAAUGAUGGUAUUGAUCGCAGCCCUGGUGUCCUCACAGGCCUUUUAAAGCAAGCUGACCGGCUUGCAUUUGAUGCCCCUGAGCUUCCGCAGCUCCGACAACUUAUGGUGACUAUCGAAGACUUCCGUACAGAGGCGUCUUCUUUGCUCGCAACCCCUGAAGAUCAACUUGAUCGUCAAAGGUGCAAGAACGCCUUGAUACUUGGCCAGUCAUUUGGCCUUGACUUCCCGGAAUUGCCACCUCUAGAACAACUGGUUCAACGGCAGGAAUGGUUUAGACAGCUCGAAGAAGAAAUUGAUGACGCGAAUAUGGAGUAUGACGAUGUUGUCGCGCUCUUGGAGGAGUCAUUGGAAUGCCAAAUCCCUCGGGAUCAUACGAUGGUCAAUGAGCUCAAAGUUCGAGAAAGGAAGGGUAAACAAUGGAUAGACUCCGUCGAGAGGUUGCUGGCAUCCUCUCAAAUCACCAUCAAUGAUAUUUCCGCGCUCAUUGAGGCAAGGCGGCACGUCCCAAUCUCCAUCGAUAUUCUUCGCAAGUUGGAAAGUCUUCGUAAAUCCGCCAUUAGCUGGCAAACUUCUGCAAGAAAUGUUUUUGCAACCAAUGGAUCGUCUGUGGCUGCUUCUAGGCUUUGCAAGAACGUUGUGGCUGCUUCAAAACCACUGAGCAAUGUAGUUAUCCCGGAAAUACGCCAGUUACAAGCCGAGCUCGAGCAUCAUGCCCUUUGGAGGGAAGAGGCCAGCAAGGUUUUAGGCGUUCCAGUUGCAAGACUUGCCUCUACCAUUGAUUACAUCCGCAGCGCGUUUGAAAACAGCCUUGCACCAGAUGACGAUGCGCACAACAAUCAGAGGGUCUGUUUCUGUCGGUCGUCACCAGCAGAUAACAUGGUUAUGUGCAAAGUUUGUCAGCACAGCUACCAUCCCCGAUGCGUAGAUGUGUCCCUCCGCCAUGUUCCAGAAGAAUUCAAGUGCGCUAUGUGCCAACGUUUGCCCAACGACGAUGGCCCCUCCCUCGAUGCUUUCAUUGGUCUAAUCUCCCCACAACGUUGGAACUUCCUUAUAAAUCCAUUGGAGUUUGAACUCGCUCAAUAUAUUGCUUCUGCAGCUAUCCGCUACGCUCCUCAAGCGUUCCGCCUGGCUGAUCCCCUCAGUCUUUCUCCUCCUUGCCGGGAUUUAGAAUUGCUUCGACAUACUAUCCGCAAGAUCUAUACCUUGCCACUCGUAUUUGACGCACGUAACUCUCAGACUAACGAACGCUGCGUGUUCGUAAACUGGCUAUUUAGGAGGAUGCAAGAUGCUAUCAGGAUGAAGGCGAAAGAGAUCUCAUUGUCAACUGUUGGUGUGCAGUCGAAGGUGGGCCGUAGACCUUCUGUGGCUUUGGCAGCUGGGCAAUCUACUUUGAUGAACAGUGAAAAUGGGACGCUUUCAGGACGCGCAAGACCUCGUCGAAGAGCACGUAUCAUUCUUGCAGAAUCACAUCCUCACGAGUUUUAUUGUCUAUGUGGGAUGUCGUCCGCGGGCGAAAAUACUACUGCACAGAUUGAGUGUCCCAAAUGUGGACAGGGAUACCAUGCGGGUUGCGUCAAGAUGACGGAGGGGCUUGCAGGGAAGUCUGUUUGGACAUGCCCAUGUUGUACAGUUCGAGAUGGGAGGCAUUAUCAAAAGGGUGUCGAGGUUCGAGUUCAGCUCAGCUCACAUCGCGGAACGGACCAAUUUCUUGACUAUCACACCAUCAUAAACGAUUUUGCGGACCGCUUAGUUGUUAUAACAAAACCUACUUCUGCAAGCGCCAUUACUCUGGAGUGCAUCGACUUCGUGCCUGCACGUAUUCCGAAUAAUGUGAAAACGAUGGAAGAGAGGGAAGACUCUUUGAACAGGAUUAAAAAGAGGAAAUCUGGAGGAGUUGACGGAGGUUUCCGGAAUGAGCAAGCAACGAACAACCCUGUCGCCCAUGGUUUGAAGACAGUGGCUGCCAAGGGUUUUAUGGGCCCUCCCUCGACAAUACUCAACAAGAUCCCCACACAGACAGCAAGCUCUGAAUUCGGUGGCUCCUCAGUUGCUAUGGGUGCAUUACCUGACACGCAAACAAAAUCCAGCGCUGUGCCACGCACCAUUUACACCCCUGCCGAGUCGAAUGCCAAUACUUCCGUUUCUUUGUUGACACCCACAAUCCAAAACCGGUCAACUUUCGACUUGCGUUCUGAUUUUGGUCUAGAAUCUUGUUUCUCAUCAACGCCCGUUGCUACCGGAGCGUCUACUACGUCCAUAGUGCGGCAAAACGGUUGCACCGCAUCAGCCACCACUAUAUGUUGCGAAGGACGAGCAACGGCUGUAACUGGGAAGAGUGUUCUUGACGACAAUAUCGAUUCACGUGAAGGCUCUGAAGAAAGGUAUUCGUAUUCGGAUAUGGGAGAAUUCACUGCCGUUAAGGAGGGGCGUCAUGUUGUCGAUGAAGAUGUUACUAUGGAGAACCAAUAAGAGGUUAAUGGAUUAUUGCCACGUUUACGGCAUGCGAGAUAUAAGAGAAGGCGCUUGUAGGACAGUCGGUGAUCGUCUCUUCUCAUCUCAUGAUUCUAUGGUUGAAUCCCGCUUUAAGACGUAUAUGCGGAUUAUAACCUGAUAUGCCGGUCUUUAUAUUUAGUUGAGUAUAUAUGAGUUGCAUUUGGUGGUGGGUAAAGUUAAUUUGAGUUUGACAUUUUUACCCCCGUAACUUUCAGAGUAUAAGAACAUUGCUCCCACCCCUCCGCCCCUGUAUAGUUAUAUAAGUAUGCUACUAAAAAUGUAAAAAUGGUUCCG